AUGAUUGGGAAGUUUAUCCGGGGUGAACGUCAAGAUGUUGAGACAUCGUGUAAAUUUACUUUGACCAUUGAGUCGAAUGACAUCAAAGCUAUGUUGGAAUUUGAUCCCGAUCAUACUGCUCAGAUCAGUGGAACGGUCACGUGCCCUGCUCUUUCUUCUUCACCACUGACUGUUUCUGAAGGUUAGAAGUAUAUUCAUGCACUCGCUGGGGAGCGACUAUAGGUUUCGCCCGGGAUUUGUAGUGGGUCUAGUAGAUUUCCAAACAAGAAAAGAAAAGUUCAGCUGAUCUUGAUAUUUGAGUCAAUUUUUUGUCAAAUAAAAUUCUUAUUUUUUGUCUUUCUGACUAGGUUGUUUCCAACUUUUUAGCCCAGCAAAGAACGACAAGCCGGACAGCCCUUCGAAACAAAUGCUGUACAAAAUGGUUUUGAACGGUGAAAACAACACUACCUAUUCUUUCUAUGGCGUGAAGCAUAUACACAAGAACCAUUUUUGGGAAAUUGGUCUUCGCGACACCACCGUCCUCUUUGUCAAAAUAUACAAAAAUGCUAGCUUUUCUGGUGAUAUUCUUGGUACAGCGAAACUGUAUAUAACCAUUCCCAAUUUUGCAAAGCAGUUGGCGACCUUGGAGAUCACCCACACCCAAAAUAUUCGUGAGAAAACCUAUUGGUUGGCAAAAUUUGGAAAGUUUUUUUUCCAAGACGUUAUGGGAUGUUUAUGGGCCGGGCGUGAAUUUUGGCGAUGAAGACGCAGCGCCAAGACAGAGAAGGGCUUUGAAGUUGAGAGGGUGUACACCUAUUGUUUAUGAAUGCGUGACAAAAGAUGAGGUAUGUACUGUGGCGCUGCCAAGGGGGGAAGCGAGGGGAUCCCCCCUCCCAUUGUUUUUAGUGUGAUUUUAGAUUCGAGAGAAGUUGAUCUCCCACUGAAUUAAAUUGCCAAGUGUUCUAAAAUCAAUAUUUGACAGUUUUAUUAGAACAUUUUAAUUUUCUUUCAAGAUUCUCCACAUGUAUGAAAUGCUGUUUCAGAGUUACAAAUGGUAAUUCACAAACUCCGCAUGAUAAAACUGUCAUGUUAGGUUAACAUACUGCAAAUACAUGUUAUAUGUUGACAAAUUUGAACAAUUAUCUAUAUAAGAAUUAUAAAUUAAGUUUUUCAAUUCAGAAAGCUUUUGUGCAAUUUACGUCAUAAUGAGGAUAAUUUGCAUAUGAAACUUCGUUAAAAAUCUCAAGAACGAAACAAUCUAAGAUAGUUCGGAAAUGUAUCUUAUUUGGUCAAUUUGCAAUCAUGAAUGAAUGGUGUGAAAUUUGGUUGCAUAAUUAAUGGACUUCGCUGGUAUUUUUCACGUAGUUCCCUCUCAAUCCGCAGGUUGGAGCUAUUUUGGGAAUCGUCCUAUUAAAACCCUGCCUGAUGGAAUAACAAAUUGUGUUACAUGUUUUUCAGUUCCAGAUUCUUUUGACUCGGUACGAAGGAGGUCCAAAGGGCCCGGUCGUGAUGUUUCAUGGUGCUAGCGUGAGCAGUGAAAUCUUCCGCUUGGAUAGUAUUGAUGCAAAUCUCGUCGAAUAUCUGGUACAAUAUGGGUAAGCUUUUUUAACUCUUCCACAGGAAGCCAUAUUUUGUGUCCUUUUUUUCCAUCCAAUAUUAUUACUCUGCGAAAAAAUUUGACUAAAAAAAAGUUGAGUAAAAUAAUGCACCCACAGUGACUCAAAAUAUUGAGUAAAAUUACACAAAUUUAUGGGAACAUUUACUCAUUUUUUAGUAUAGUAAAUUUAGCCUUAAAAUUAACGUAAAAAUGUAAAUUUAUAAUAUAAAAUGUAAAAUGUAAAUUUGCUUAUAUAUAUAAGUUUAUAAGUCUUGUUUGUGCAGUGUCUCCAUUUUGAAAUAAAUUUUAUGGAAACUCGGAUGAAUUGAAAAUUUGCUUGAAUGGCAUUUUGUAUCAUUAUACUGUAUAUACUUAAACUUAAAACACACUUUACCUCAUAUUCGCUUGUGUUUAAAUCAGAAAUAUGUAUUAUGAUACAUUAUUGGGAACUGCUGCCGGUGUCCCAGUUGAUUUGGACCCCCGUAGAUUUGGACCCCCGGUCCAUAUCCACUAGUAGAUUUGGACCCCCGGGUUCAAAUCCACUAGCCGAUAUGGACGUUUCCCGGGGGACUACUAGUAAAUACGGACCCCCGUUGGCGGAUUUGGACCCCCCUUCAAAAGUUAAAUAUAUGUAAUGUGAACACAAUAAUAUAAACCAAAUUCAUAAUAGCGAUCAAUCUGAAGUAUUUUACACUUUAAAUAUUUGUGAUCAAGGCCACAAAACGUAAAAUAAAAAACUGGAAUACAAGGUGACUAAAAUCUAUGUAUGUCUUUGCCAAUAACGAAUCUGCUAAUGCGAGUAAUGGUUUUUAACAAACGAGAUAGAAAUAAGAAAUUGCGUAUAGGAAACAUUGGGAUCGACACGAAACACGAUUUUCAUGAAUGUUUUUAAACAAUAAGUGUGGUGGCUCAUCUAAAAUGGAAACCUGCCACUAUCAACUAACGGUUUUUAAAAAAAAACAUAUUAGAGCAACGCGAUCGAUUCCAUGAAUAUUUUGAAACAAUAAGUGAUGGGGCAUGUGACUCAUGAGUUUUUAGUGUGUUUAUUUAUCCUUUCAUAGUUGUAUACAUACUUUCCAUUUGGACCUUUCUAGUAAAUUUAUGAUUUUUGAAUUUGGAUCUCGCUCACUGGAUGAAAAACAAUGUUUUCUAUUCGCAAUAAAUAACUAUGUGUGGUUGAUAAGAAGCUCCGCGGGUAUCUGAAAACUAAUGAAUUUAACAUAUUCACCGUUAUUGGGGAUGAUUUUGGCAUAUAAAAGUGUUUUACAAAGGGGGUCUAUAUCCGCUAAACGUGGUCCAUAUCUACUAGGAGAUUUGGACCGGGGGGGGUCCAUAUCUAUUGGGGGAUCCAAAUCCGCUGUGACACCGGUUAGGUCUAAAGUGUUUAUAAAUUCGUUGUCUUGAGCGGCAAUCGAACUCGCAUCUGCAUGGUUUUUAACUAUAGAGUCAACGAGAAUUAGCAACAAGUCGAUAGCUCAAUGGUCUGGGCAGUCUCGAGCCAGCCAGGGAUGCAUGUUCGAAUCCCGCUCCGCGCGGACAAAUAAUUUUUCGUUUUUCUCCGCAGUGUCAGAAUGAUACGAAACAUUUUUCAUAUCUGUUCUGAAAUAGAAUUGAAACAUUGCGCAUUCUCCAAGACCAGACUGAGCGUACUUAAAUUGGAUAAGACUAGUACUCGCUAUACCAAUAUCCGUUUACUCGCGAUAGCUUGAUGGGUUGGGCGGCUGGUCGGUCUAGAAACCCGAAGAUGCGUGUUCGAAUCCCGCUCGAGACAAACAUAAAAUAUGAAACUACUUUAAUCACAUUAUGAUAUGUAUUUUAUGUUGACAAGAUAUGAUGUGUGGCUGGUUGACUGGCGUACUUCAUGUAACCUCCCAAAAAUGGUUGAAAAGAAUUAUACAUUGGACGACUGUGCAGCGUAUGACUAUCCAGCAGCUAUCGACAAAGUACUUGAUGUUACUAAUAAGGUCAGGGCUUGCAUUUUUAAUAGAAGACUUAAAAUUGACGUUUACAGCAGACCGCUAACCGUAAACGACAAACUUCAAAUCGUUUUUGAAGAUAACUUCUUUGAGUUUUCGGCUGGAGCUUAAAAUUUACUUUUCGUGGACGAAUUAUAGUUAAGAGCUACUAGCUACACAUACGUUUUAGCCAUAUGCAAGAAACAGAUAACGUCGCUGUUCCGUAUACUAAAUAAAGUUAGUUUAGAUCUUUAAGAUUUCCUCCUGGGGCCGUUCUCGCCAGCAAUUAACGCAAACUACCCGAGAGUGAUUUUUAACUGUUGUAAAAUGCCGGAAAAGCUGCCAAACUGCGGAUGCGGAUAAAAAGAAACUUAAUUUAUAAAUCUGCAAUCGUUAUAAUAUCAACGAACAAUUCACUGAGAAAGUCUGAGUCACUCAUUAUCCGGUAAAUCUAGCGCCAGUGGCGUAACUUCGGUCUAAACAUCAGGGUUUGGAUACGGUAUUCUGCCCGAUAAAAAGGUGUGGUUGAAAGAGAACGCAAAGAUGCUGGGGGGAAAUUGGUUAAAUGAUGAGGAUCCGCAGGGGUAGAGUCGACGGCACAUUCCUCGUCCUCAGGCCUAUACAUUUCGCAGUGGACCUUGCACCAUGCGCCUAGUGCAAACGACGCGGGGCGCCAAUUAAGGGGGGGGCGGUGAUUUCUCCCUAGAAAAUCUUGAAAUUUAGAGUUUCCCCAACGGCAUUUCAUUGACUUUGGGGGAAGAUACAACAGAACUCUAAUGGUAAGAGUCGAGAACGACGUAUAUUAGAGUAGAGAAGCAAAUUAUUAUUUAACUAAUUGCGCAAACUGGACGUCUAUGGUUUUACGUUCUUACUCAACAUGAUUUAAUUGUAUUUUUGCCCAACACAUUAAUGAGUCUUUGGUAAAUUUGCCCUAUAAAAUUCCUUUUUUCAAACGUUAGGGGUAUCACACCCCCCUCCCAUGAUUUACACCUCUGUAUCAGCGCUAUCUGGCCUUUGUACAAGUGGUCGUACGUAGUUAAAACAUUUAAAAUUAAAUAUAAGGAAUGUUCUAAACGACGUCCAUUUAGGUCCAUCCUGUGUAAAAUAAAGUUGGUUUAAGAUGUUUAUUGAACAUACUUGUUUGGGAAGCUAUUAAAAUUUCUUUGUUCUAAGUUGUUGCAUUGUGUACUUUGUACACGAUUACGAUUAAAAUUUCUGCUAUUAAAUGUUGCUAUUAUUUUAGCUUGUUUUCCAUUCUAUAAUUUUCUACUCAGUCUUCGUAUCUAACCAUGCAUGUCCUUCUAUUACCCAUUGUUUAAGCGAUAAGUUAUAUUGUUUUCAGAAAACUGUCCAAGUGGUGGCCCAUUGCGCAGGCUCUCUCGUUCUCUUUGCCUCCCUCUUGUCCGGCGCCCUGGAGGGUAAAGUUAGAAGUAUUGUUGCAAGUCAGGUGGCUGCUAACCCUAUUCCUGCACCAUUUAAUGCCUACAAGUCAAGUCUACGUCUGCCUGGAAUUGCUCACGCCAUCGGAAUUCAUGGUCUGACUGUCAACACUGACGCGCAUGCGUUGUUCUUUGGUCGAAUGUUUAAUGGUUUGUCUCGGGCAGUCGUCAAUCAUCUUGUUCUUCCGUACAGUGAACGUUGCGAAAGCCCUGUUUGCCAUAGGUAGGUACUGACUAUCAGGGGCGAAAUCAAAGCCCCUUUUAAUUCGGGGGUGUCUGGCAGAAUUGCCCUGCCAAAACCAAUGAUGCCCUGCAGCAUGCAACGUGCUUAUUGUUUGCUCGCUGUAAUAAGUUAUUUAAUAACUCUACAUUCUAUCAUUUAAAAUCUUUGAUUGCCCUGCCAAUCGAGAUGAUUCGUGUUUUUUUGGGGGGAGGGUGCCACACUCCCCCACACCCCCCUCAAGUUUCGCCCCUGCUGACUAUACCACAUUUACCGCCAUUUUAUACGCUGGCAUUUUUUCGUUGGCACGUUUUCCAUUGCUGGAAAAUGUCCGGCAGCGCCAGUAGCGCCGCUGCCAGGAAAUUUUAACAAAUUAAUUUAUCUUCGGAAAAAAUUUUCUUACAUCUUGCAUGAAAUUUUUGUCUUUUGAGUUUAUCAGUUAAAUUUUUGUCUUUUGAAAUUUUUGUCUUAUGAACAUUUAUUUGUUGGCUGUAUUACCACAUCCAAAAUUGGGAAAACACGUCAACAUAAAACAAACACGGCUUGAUUAUUUACAUAAAGUCGUGAAGGUUUAUAAAAUAGAGUGCUACUACUUUUGUGUAAAAAUUAAGUAAAAAAUUUCCUAAACAUUAUGUGAUGUUUUUUAUGUUUAAUAAUUAUCUAAAAAAAAAAUGUAAAAAAGUGAUCAAAAGAACUUUAUUGAUCACUUCUCAAACUCAGUAAUAAUUCAUGAGCAAAACAUGGAAUAUAGGAUUUUAAAUUUUGUGAAUGUUUCUCAUUUCCAGGGAGUGGGAUGCCGAUGUCCCAGAAUAGCCCAAAGCAUCGUCCCAGUUGGGCUCGCCAGUGAUAUUUCAUAAUUUUGGCUUUUACAUCUGUCUUCUUCUACUAAUCUACUGUAUAUAUGUGUUGCAACAAAAUACAAGGCCACAUAUGCUCAUGUUUAAAUUGUGCCAUUACAAUGUUAUUUUGGGGAUUAAUAAGAUGGCAAAAUCUGCAAGAGAUGGCAAAAACUGCAUGGUAUCAAUAUGGUUGUCAUUACAGUAUACUUAUAUUUGAGUCCGUCCUUGCAUCUUUAGCUUGAGCUAAAACGUCAUGAUUUCGUUUAUUUUUUUAAGGGUCACGUUUAUCUUCGGCUUAUUAUGGGAGCACAAAAAUCUCACCGAGUUGACACACAACACAUUGCACCAAUUCUUUGGACACGUAACAACAUUGGUUAAUGCUCAGCUUGCGUUGACGAUGAGAUGGCAAAAAUUGGUAUCUGCUUCGGGCGAAGAUAUUUAUUUGCCUGAGAGUGACAAGGAAUUAAAAUCUCCAGUUUAUAAAGAGCACAUCAAUCGCCUUAAUUUGCCAAUACGUUUCAUUGUGGGUAAGUUGGAGCUAGGUUUGUUUUCCCAAGAGUUUUGAUGCUCAAAGCCAACUAUUUUUCCGAGGAAACAGACAUUAAAUGUUUUAUAUACGACUCGAUCGAGCUCAUGCAUGGUAUAUAUAACUGUUAAAUAUAUAGGAUGUAUAAAAACAGGGUGUAUAUAUAUUUAGGGUUUUCUGAUUUUCACUGAUUAACACUGAAAAUUUAACAUCUGAAGCAUCUACUGUAAGGCUGUUUUUUUAAAAAACCAUAUUAAUUAAAAGUGGCUUGUUCACAAAAAUGGGUUUAAUUUAAAACGCACACAAAAGACAAGUUGAUGUAUACAUUACAUCCACCGCGCGACCUCGACCUGAAAUUUAGAAUUUUUUGUCAUAUCAGCCUUUCCAAAUAUUUUUAUUAACGCACGACUAAUUUCAUGCAUGAUUGGUUUGUAACGUACUCGUUAGAAAAAGUUAAAAUGUUAGGGGUGGAUAAGCUAAUACGUGAAAAAAGGUGCAGAAUUCAAGUAGUUUAUGAUCAGUGGUGCCUAAAUUACUUUGAAUUUGUACUGGAGUAAAAGUAGAAGUAAUUAACAAUAAAACGACUUGAGUAAGAGUAAAAAGUACUGGAAGCAAAACGUACUUAAGUAAAAAGUAUAAAGUAUCCUUAAAAAAUACUUGAAGUACAAAAUAAAAGUAGAAGUACUAUUGUCUGUUGUGUGUAGAGGGGGAGGGGUCUUCUCCAAUGGAUUGACAUAAAAAAGACACAAAACAGUACACCCAUUAUAUGCGUGCACCGAACAUACAAUAUUUCACGGCAUGGUUUACUUUCCAGACCCCGUUGAUGAUAUAAGAAAUCCAUUAAAUAAAUAAUGCUUAUAAGUAAGUCACAAACGAGAGAUCCCAGACGCAUGUAGAGGUCGUAUUACCUAUCCCGAAAUUAAAAUAAAUCAGAAAUAUAUCACGUAAAAUUAAACAAAAGUUAGGAAGUAACGACAUACUUCGCCACAAAAUGAAAAUAACGUGAGUAAAACGUUACUUCUUAAAAUGACUUCGUUCCAAGUAAAAGUACUCCAGAAAAAGUUUACUUUGUUACAUGCUCACUUCUCAAAAAUAGUACUCAAGUACAGUAACGAAGUGCAUUCACUUCGUUACUUGACACCACUGUUUAUGAUCCAAAAAAACUUCCAUAUGGCAUAUUUGUGCUCAAAAUACUUUUCAUGUUGUUUUUAAAAGCAGUCAACCUGCACUCAAAGUCAAAUUUUCAUAUUUUUCUGGUUUACUAAGUAUUAUUGUGUAAAAUUGCCAAAUUUAUGAUCAAAUCUACUCAUUUUUUAGCAAAGUAAAUCUUUACUCAAACAAUUGAGUGAAUUUCAAACGUUACUCAAAACUUGAGUACAUUUGUUCAUACAUUUGUCAAUGAGUAUUUUUAAGUUAAACUUUUGAGUCACUGUGGGUGCACUAUUUUAGCUCAUUGCAAGUUUUUGAGUCAAACUACUCCGUGAUAUAUUGUAGUGUAAAAUCAAUGAGCUCUAUAUAUAUAUAUAUGGAGCAAGAACGUCAGUCAUUCGGUGUAUGAGAAAAGUGAAGCCGGGAUGGCGGAAAUUGAAGUCCAGUAUCAGAAUCUAGGUCGUUAAAAGUUUUAAUUACCUUUUUCCUGUAAAUUGUAACUUUUUCUAACCGGUUGGAUCGUUAAACAAGUUAUCAGUUCAUAAAACCAUAGUGUUAUUCUUUAAAUCGAGGUUAAAAUACGAAAUGUUCUUUAAGCUUCGUGUUAACCGCGCAGACAAAAACAAUUGAAAAGAGACUGGAACUGAUGUCCAGUAGCUCCAUCUAGGCUUCACUUUUUGGACUCUAUUUCUAAGCUAGAUGCUUACUGUGUACUGUACGUUGGGUUUUUAGGUGAAAAGAACAGUUGCUACUUACCAAAAAGCACGCUGACUACCCUAAACCUUGUCAAAGAAGCUCACCCUCAUCAGAACUAUUCCAGAGUAGUAAUUCCUGAUUAUGGCCAUCUUGAUUGCAUCUAUGGAAAAGAAGCAGCAGUUGAUGUAUUUCCGCAUAUUUUGGAAGCAUUGGAUCAGUAUGCUGAAUCAUAG